GCCCACCCGGCCUGCCCAAGAAGAGAGAGUCAAGAGGAAGACUGCUGCUACAGAGCGAGCGAGAUGGAAGCCUCGUUACUGACUGAUACAGAGGAAAUCACUGCUUUGUACCGUGAGCUUUGUCAGUUCCCAUCUCUUUCAAAUGCCUGUAUUGGGCCUGAGGUGACAACUCAGUAUGGUGGCAAAUACUGCAACAUUUACACAGAGUGGUCUCAGCGGGACUUGGAAAGAGCUGAAAAUGUGAAAUUUUGCCGCCAGUAUCUCAUCUUCCAUGACAGCCAAUCUAUCGUGUUUUCAAGCCCCUCUGGCAAUUGCACUGAAAUCAAGGGAGAGCUUCUGAGUCGGGACUCUCCCAGUGGAGCACAGAAAGCUGUACUGCGAAAGACUAGUAACAGCAAAGGGGAGGAAAAGCAGUUCCUAGAGGUUUGGGAAAAGAGCCGCAAGGUGAAGAGCAUUGAGUUGACAGCCCUGGAAAAACAUGGCCAAGUAUAUGAGGAUGAUCAGUUUGGCUGCUUAGCCUGGUCACACUCAGAGACUCACCUUCUCUAUGUGGCAGAGAAGAAACGCCCCAAGGCUGAGUCUUUCUUUAAGCCAAAAGCUCCUGAGAUGAGCAGUGAAGAAGAACUGACCAAGCGACGAGACAAAGCUAUUAAGGGGGAGCAGUUUCUGUUCUAUGAAGACUGGGGGGAGACCCUGGUGGCUAAGAGUAUACCUGUGCUGUGUGUUUUGGAUAUCGAGAGCAAUAACGUGUCAGUACUCGAGAGUGUUCCAGAGCACAUCUCUCCUGGGCAGGCCUUCUGGACUCCAGGUGACACAGGAGUGGUAUUUACAGGUUGGUGGCAUGAACCCUUCCAUCUAGGGUUGAGGCACUGUACCAAUCGCAGAUCUGCUCUCUUCUAUGUGGACCUGACAGGUGGCCGUUGUGAGUUGCUGUCAGUUGACACCAAGGCCAUUUGGUCUCCCCGCUUGAGUCCUGACCAAUGUCGCAUUGUAUACCUGGAGAACCAAGCAUCUGGGCCGCACCAACAAUGCAGCCGCCUCUGCAUGUAUGACUGGUACACAAAAAUCACCUCUGUCGUUGUGGAUAUUGUGCCUCGGCAGAGCCAAGGUGAAUUUACAGGGAUUUAUAACACAGCACUGCCUGAGCGUUGUUGGGCGGCAGACAGCCAAAGGGUUGUGCUAGACACAGCUCAACGCAGUAAGCAGGAGCUGAUUGUCAUCGAUACUUUGUCAGGCAGUGUCUGUUCUCUCACCAAGGGUUGCCCUCUUGGAAGCUGGGCACUGCUCACUGUUGACCGAGAUCUGCUGGUGGCCAGAUUCUCCACUCCAAACUGUCCUCCCAAGCUUAUGGUGGCUUUCCUGCCUCCUGCUGGCAAAGAAGCUGAGGUGAACUGGGUGUGUCUCGAAGAAGCCAGCCCAAUUCAAGGCAUCACUUGGAAUAUCCUUACAUUCCAACCCCCUCUAGAACAAGACAACCCCCAGUAUGCGGGACUUGAUUUUGAAGCCAUCCUACUCCGGCCAACUCAGGUACCAGAGACGAGCAAGAUUCCGUUAGUAGUGUCACCGCAUGGAGGCCCACAUUCAGUGUUUACCACCAGCUGGACACUAUACCCAGCAGUACUCUGUCGGAUGGGUUUUGCUGUGUUGUUGGUGAAUUAUCGAGGAUCCGUGGGCUUUGGCCAGGACUGUGUGGACUCCUUGCCCGGGAAUGUGGGCACUCAGGAUGUCAAUGAUGUGCAGGUAAGAGUUCCCAUCCUUUAUUUCCUACAUCUCUACAGCAUCAAUGUGAGGAAUUCAUAUUUCUUCACCAGAGAAACCUGGUAUAGUAUGAAGGAAGAGACUCAUCCUAGUUGUUGUUGCUGUUGUGUGCGUUCAAGUUAUUUCUGGUGACCCUAUGGUGACCUAAGGCAGCC